GUCACAGGACGCUCACAAUGAAGUGUUUGAUUUCAUUUUAUCUUCUGACAUUGAUUCUGCAUUUAUCCAGCAGUGCAGAUUGGUGCUAUCAGGAACAAGCGAACAAUGAUGUACAUUGUAUAGGUCCAGAGCUCUGGAAAGAAGUAAACGCACAAUGUGGAGGCACCAGACAGUCACCGGUCAACAUAGCGACGAAGAAAACCGUACUGGACGAGCGACUGACGCCUUUUAAUUUCACCGGCUACCAGAACUUAUUCAACGGCACCAUAAAGAACAACGGCCACACCGUUGAGGUGGACGUAUCACAAAAUAUCAUGGCUGCAGUGUCUGGGGGAAACCUGGGAGACACAUAUAAACCCCUUCAAUUUCAUUUCCACUGGGGAACAGAUGCAGGAGCGGGAUCUGAACACACCAUUGAUGGAGAACAGUAUCCUAUGGAGCUGCAUCUGGUUCAUAUUAAACAAAGAUACAACAGUCUAGAAGAUGCAUUAAAUGAUCCAUCUGGUGUUGCAGCUCUUGGAUUCUUUAUUGAGGAGUCAAACAGCACAAACACAAAUUAUGACCAGCUCAUACAAGCCCUGAAGAGCAUACAGAAUGCAGAUAAUAUCACCGCCAUUCGUAACAUCUCGCUCAGCCAGUUUAUUCUGUCAGAGGACAAAUUGACUAAAUAUUACAGAUACAACGGAUCUCUGACCACACCAAACUGCAGUGAAGCUGUGGUCUGGACUGUCUUUGAAAAUCCCAUUCCUCUCAGCAGAGAACAGCUUCUGGCAUUUUCUUCCCAACUAAAGUUGUCUGAUGGCAAUCCGAUGGUGGGAGUAUUUCGACCUGUACAGUCUCGUAAUGGACGUUUAGUGUAUCGGUCAAGCGGUCCGGCGGUCCUGGCCAGCGCUCUGCUUCUCUUAACCUCCAUCAUUACAGCGUUCAGUCUGUCUCAUCUAAACUAAAGGCCAACAAGAGAGAAACCCAACCUACAAACUACAGAAUAACAGCACAUCAGAUGUGACUUUUUCAAAAUAAUCCAAAUUCAAGCCCAUUUACUCCCUUUUUCAAGGUGCAAUUACAUUUUACAAGGUGGCUCAUCCGUAUAAAUUCAUACGACCACAUUUUUUCUUUUUUUACAAUUUGAUCUUGUCCCGUGAUGUUGGGGUGGGUGGGGUUUCAUUCAGUGUUCGAAUUAUGUCAAAGCUUAUGGGGGUCCCCUAGCUAAGCCCCACCCCCCUCAUUAUAGAGUCGCUGUGAUUUGACAAAGUAAGAUGUGAUCCUGGAUCAACAAUCAUCUUAUCCUGGUUUUAAUCAAAGAAACCCCAAAUUACCCUUAACUCAAACCCUAAAUGUUUUUACCCCUCAAAUUAGUGUGAAACACUGCAAGGCCAGAAAUUAGGGGUGAAAUAGGGUGGACCUCAAUGCCUACUUUCAAAUUAUAUAAUUUUACUAUAUAGUAGUGGUUAAAUGGAUUACAUUGCGUUUUUUAAAUCAUAGAUUGAAUAAUUUUCAGAUCAGCAAAACUGGGGUUGGGAAAAUAAAAUAAGAACAAAUUAAGAAAUGAUGAGCAUAUAAAAAUAGAAAAUAACAAAGUUACAAAUAAAGUUAGAUCUAACAGUAGUAUUUAGGUAUAAAUAGAAUCAAAUGAUUAAUAACACUGUCUUCUUUAUUAUAUAAAUUAAAUAUAAUUAAUCUUUUAAAGAUACAGAGGUGAUUUGCCUUUGUUUUCUGCUGUUUAAUUAAUGUAAAUGACAGAAACACAAGCAGAUAAGAACUGUUACUUUCAGACCAACACAAAGAUCUGACUUCUUUCUGAACUCUUUGCGCUCACUUUAAGACAAAACUGAAUGUUUUUAUGAGAAUAGGUGCCAAGACUGUGGUAUUUCAAAAUAAUUUUGUGUUUACAUGCUUCAGAAUCGCGCGUCUCUGUGCGUCCGCGUAUGUGUGUGCGUCGUUGUCCGUCCGCACACACAACAGCUCACUUUAACAUCUUGUGCUCAAAUUGUUUAAAAUCGCUUGCAUGUAAACAUUUGCAAGGUUUAAAACCACACAUGCAAAAGUUAACUUUCUAUAAAUAGUUAUUUAUUUCUGAAUGAUGCAUAUUGAUUGAUUAGUAUUAAAGAGACUAUAAUUUAUUAUGAUUUAUGCGUGAUUUCUUCUGCUUUCCCAAUAAAAUAUUUUGUGUUUCUUUUGACUUGGAGGACCAGCUGUCAAUUUGAGUGUGUAGCCUCGCCACUGGUAUGAAAUAAUAGUUUGAGAAGAAUAAAAAACCCUAAACCUAAAGAUUACUAAAUAUUCUUACCAUCACUGAGGUGAAAAUAAUCCAAACGCAGACAGAGACAUAUACUCGUCUGUCAAUUCCUCCAGAAAAACAGCAUCAGGCACGAGUUUAUAUUUAUUUCAGACAGAAUCAUUUGAAUUAGUUUAUUGCGAAAUUGGGACAAAUAACGGACAGUAGCCUAUCGCUUUGUGACAGCGCAACAUGAGAAUUUAAAAUUCAUGUAGUAUUUAAAUUUUUAAUAAAAACCCCCCUAAUUUAUAUGUUUGUGCUUUAUGGGGGGUCCCUCAAGGCUUAUAGCAGGUAUGGGACCCCCCAGACCCCCUCAAUUCAAACACUGCUUUCAUUAUUUUUUUACUUUGUAUGACACUGAACGUUUAGCGUACUUGUAAAUCAUCAGGCUGAUAAAACUGGAUUUUGACACUACUUAUUAAGUAAAAGUGAUGCUUGUGUGUCAGCUAAAUUA